AGUUCGUCUUCUUCCUCAACAACACCUCGAUGGAGAUACGAUGUUUUCCUCAAUUUUCACGGUGAGGACACCCGCAUGAGUUUCACAGACCAUCUGCAUGCUGCUUUGAAACAAAAAGGUAUUAUCGUGUUUAGAGAUAAUGAAAAGCUCGAGGGAGAAAAAUUUGUUUGUGAAGAGCUCUUAAAAGCAAUACAAGAAUCCAUGUAUGCGAUCACCGUUAUCUCUCCAAACUACGCUUCCUCUAAAUGGUGCCUCAAUGAACUUUCCAAGAUCGUCCAAUGCAUGAGAGACACGGGGCUCACAAUUUUGCCUAUUUUCUACCAUGUGGAUCCUUCCGACGUACGAAACCAGACGGGGACUUUUGCAGAAGUUUUUGCUAGGCAUGAAGCCUCUUUGAGGAAAAAAAAAGGAAAGGUUGACAUUAAGAUGAUACAAAAGUGGAGAACUGCUUUGAGAGAAGUUGGCAAUAUCUCUGGAUGGCAUGUACAUGAUAGGCCGGAAUCAAAAGUUGUCGAAGAUAUUAGUGAAAGGAUACUUAGUGGAUUGGGUGGUAACUUCUCAAAUGUUUCCAAGGUUCUUGUUGGAAUAGAAUCCCGAGUGGAGGAAAUAAUGAGUUUACUUAGUAUUGGGUUGGAUGAUGUUCGCUUUUUAGGGGUUUAUGGGAUGGGAGGAAUUGGGAAGACAACUCUGUCAAAAGUCAUUUAUGAAAGAGUUUCUCGUCAAUUUGAAGCACGUUGCUUCAUUGCUAGUAUUAGAGAAGAAACCAGAACUCAUGGUCUCAUUUAUCUACAAAAACAACUUCUUUCGGAGAUCCUCGUGGAAAGUGAAAUUAAUAUAUGGAAUGACUAUGGGGCAAGAAGAGUGAUAGCAAAGAGACUACGUAAUAAAAAGGUUUUUAUUGUUCUUGACGAUGUGGAUGGAGAAGAACAACUUGAAGCAUUAGCAGAAAGCCAUGAUUGGUUUGGCCAAGGGAGUAGAAUCAUUAUAACAAGUAGAGAUCGUCAUUUGCUUAACAGAUUUACGCAUAAUACCUAUGAGGUGAAGGAGUUGAAUAAUCCUGAAGCUUUACAACUCUUUAGUUGGAAAGCCUUCAAGAAACCCUAUCCUGAAGAAAAUUAUGUGGAAUUGUCUAAGGAUGUGGUAUAUUACGCUCAAGGCCUUCCUUUAGCUCUUGAAGUUUUUGGUUCCUUCUUAUUUGGUAGACCAAUAGCUGCAUGGAAAAGUGCCAGGGAUCUACUAAAAGAAAAUCCUAACGCAGAAAUUUUAGAUAAACUCAAAAUAAGUUUUGAUGGAUUGGAGGAUUUGCAGAAAAAGUUGUUUCUAGAUAUUGCAUGUUUCUUUAAUGGAGCAUAUAUAGAUAGCAUCAUGCACAAAUUAGAAAGUUUUGGUUACUAUCCGAACAUCAAUAUCGAAGUUCUUGUCGACAAAUCUCUUAUAACCAUCUCAUUGGGAAGAUUGUUGAUGCAUGAUUUGUUACAAAAAAUGGGUCAAAAAAUAGUUCAUUGUGAGUCUACUGAGGAGCCUGGUGGAUGCAGUAGAUUGUGGCGUUAUGACGAUGUCCUUCACGUAUUGAAAAAUAAUACUGGAACUGAUGCUGUUAAAGGCAUUGUUCUGAAAUUACCUUUGCAGAAACAUGAGCGACUAAAUGUUGAAGCAUUCUCAAAGAUGAAAAAAUUGAAAAUGCUUGAGAUUAGCAAUGUCGUUAAUUUUUUACCACGUCUUUCUAAAGCUCGUGAUACUCUGGAAUGGCAUGGAGAUCCUUUGAAUUUCAUGCUAAGUAAUGAGUUAUGCGUUAUGAAAUGGUGGGGAUAUCCUUUGGAAUCCUUGCCGACCAGUUUCCAAUCAGACAAUCUUGUUGAGCUCAUAAUGCAUUAUAGCUUCAUAAAAAAACCGUGGGAUGGAAGGAAGAGUUUUAACAAAUUGAAACAUAUUGACUUAAGCCAAUCUCGAAACUUGAUCGAGACACCAAACUUCAUGGGUGUCCCAAAUCUGGAGAGACUAGCGCUUGUACAUUGUACAAGUUUAUCUAAGGUCCACCCAUCCAUUGGAUUUCUAAGGCGGCUUAAAGAAUUGGACCUACGAGAUUGCAAAUGUCUUAAGAGACUUCCAGAUGAGAUCAGCUUGGAAUCACUUGAAGUUCUUUAUCUUUCUGGUUGCUCAAGACUCGACAAGUUUCCAAAUAUUGUUGGUCAUAUGACAUCUUUGCGGGAAGUUUAUUUGACAGGGACUGCUAUAAAAAAAUUACCAUUAUCAUUUACGAGUUUGUCGUCUCUUGUAUAUCUCAAUAUAUCCGAUUGCUCAAGACUUAAGAAGAUCCCAAAGAACUUGAGUGGUAUGGAAUGUCUAGAAGUGCUUAUGGCAAAUGGGGCUGCUAUAAGAAAAUUACCAUCCUUCAUUGUAUCUUUGAAGAAACUCAAAGUCUUAAAUGUUGGGGGUAAGCGGGGCUCAGAGCCAAUUAUAAGUCUUUUGCUCCCAAAUUCAUUCACAUGUUUAAGCUCUUUAAGAGAACUAGAUUUGAGUUAUCGCCAUAUCUCUGAUGGAGCAAUUCCAAGUGAUCUUAGUUGCUUAUCCUCACUUUCUUAUUUAAAUUUGUCUGGGAACAAAUUUACGAGGAUGCCCGAUAGCGUCUGUCGACUUCCCAAACUUGGAAUACUUUCCUUGGCAUAUUGUAGCAGGCUUCAAUUGAGCUCAAAUCUUGACAAUUCUUUGUUCACCAAUUCAUUCUCAGGUUUAAGCUCUUUACGAAAACUAAAUUUGAGUUAUUGCAAUCUAUUGGAUGGAGCGAUCCCCAAUGAUCUUAGUUGCUUAUCCUCACUUCAUUCGUUGAACCUAAGUGGGAACAAAUUUACGAGAAUACCGGAUAGUGUUGGUCAACUUUCUCAUCUUUAUGAACUUUUCUUGGAUAAUUGUAGUUGGCUUCAAGUAUUGCCGAAGCUCCCAUUGGGAUUCAAAUACUUGCGUGUAAAAAAUUGUCCAUCACUGGAGAUGUUUUAUAACCAAAUGGAGAUGUGGACUUCAAACGAAAAAUUAAGGAGCAUUGAUUGCUCUUUUGUAGCCGCUUAUAUUGAUUAUGAUGGGAAACCCUUCAAGAUCCUCCAUAUGCAUCCACGAAGCCCUUUAUGGAUUAACAGCAAUAGUCAAAGUUUCUUUUAUAGUACUAUUGUAGCAUGUGGCCCUGCGCUCGUGGGAUAUGGAAUCCCUGAGUGGUUCAACCAUAAAAGCAGGAAUUCGUUUGGAAGAAUUCAAAUGCAUACAGAUUUGGGCUCUGUUGAGUGGAAGGGUUAUGCUUUUUUUAUUGUUUAUCAAGUUCACGAGCCUGACAGUUACCCAAAAAAGAGAAGAAAACUAAAAGUCAAUGAGAAUGGGAAUUCGAAUUCUACAACAAAAGAUGGCGGCAAUCCUAAUUUUCCCUACUUUGUUUGUCAAUUUCAAGCCAAUGAAGUUGAUAUUGGAAAACCCUUAGUCCUUUGUGUCCCUGGAGCCCCUUGUGUUGGGCCAAAUGGAUGUUGGGUGUAUAUACCAACUGAGUGGUUCCGGAGAAGAGCGAGGAAUAGUUUGGGUGGAUGGGGCAACCUUGAGGCUUCAAUUACAACAGGCAGCCUGAAUGUAGAGGUGAAGGUGUGUGGGGCACGUGUACUACUUGAUCAGAGUGAUGCUUCAGAGUUGUACCAAGUUCUAAACAGCAUUUGUCCACAUGGCUUGGAUUUAGAAAGUUAUGAGAAUCUUUUAUUUCAUUUGGACGAUUUUAGGCUGGGUCUCAUGGUGGAUGGCCCUAUUAAAGCAAAUCUAAUGUUGUAGCAUGUGGGUCAAAGACAUGUAUUGCCACUCUCUCAGGCUAGCUGGGGUGACUCUAGUACUUCUAGUGAUCAAUUUAUGGUGGCCUUCUUUUCCUCCAAAACUGAUGAAUGAGGUGUACUAGAAG